AUGGCUCUGCUUAGCGAGCUGGUGGCGUCUUUGGCCGGCUUCGAUGGCAUGCCGAGCCAUACAGUGGCAGCGGCGCUGUUUGGCGCAGCCCUGUCGCUCCUAGUCGGUUAUAUCUGGAAGUCUUUGCAGACGCGCGCCACAGCUAUCAAAGUCCCAGGCGAGGCGACCAUAACAAGGCCACCUGGGGAGAAGUCAGCGCUCGGCUUCGACGCUAUGGGCGAGAUCGAGCCGCUGGUCAACCUCGACUGGAAGGCCGAGCGGCCGGAGCGAAUUUACAAGUUUGCCGACAAGUACAACCUGACAAUGGGCCUCCGCAAGACCACCAUCAACACCAUCACGCGCAUCGACCAGCAGUACGUGGAGAGAAUCGCGGAGCGCAAGCGGAUCCUAGAGCAGUACCCGGGGGCACUGGGAUGCCAGCUGUCGGCUGAGGCCAUGGUGCGGGAGCUGUACUCGUUUCUGCUGACACACUACCUGCCGAGGCGGUAUCCGACAGUGUUUGUGCUAGAUGCGGACGCGGGCGAGCUGCACAACCGGAUCCUGGACGAGCGACUGCCGACAGUGCCACCGACGGACAUUCUGGCGGCUCUGCGGACGAUUGCGCUCGUGGUGGACGAGGAUUUCUUGAUGCUGCUGCCGAGUAGCGACGGCGACGGGUACUCGCUGCAGGCGUUCGUGUGGCUCUAUCCGGUCGGCUUCGACCCGGUCGACAAACUGGGGAUCAAGCUGCGGGAUGCUCACGGGCCGGUGCCGGGCUACAAGCAGCACAUGCAGCUGUCGAUGGACCGGUAUUUUGAGCGACUGACGCCUGGCCGCGUGGUCGACCGGGUCAACUGGGCCGUGGCCACCAACUCGAGCCUCUGCGAGCGCGGCGAGUACCAUCUCUACUCGGACGACCAGGUCAGCGUGCUGAGCGCUGCCGACAUCGACCUCGACGACACCUGGGUGCGCUGCGAGCUACAGACGCUCUUCGGGCUGUCCACAUCUGGCGGUCGCAUCCUCAGCGUCCAUCUGUACCUCUACCCGAUCCGCGAGAUCAAGCAGGUCGGCCUGGCUGAAGCUAUGAUCCGCGCCACCGAUGGCUACGGCUUGGGCAACGCGCCCGCCUUUGCACGCUACAAGCGCACGCCCGUCUGGGGCGACGUGGUCAAGGCAUACCUGCGCAGCGACGAGGACCUGGACGCUGACCAGCUGCUGUUGAAGCGCGCAUGUGAGGCCGGGGCCCAGAAGACCGAGGAGACCGAGGCUCAUACAAGAUAG